AUGACUCAAACUGUUGCAACUUUUAAGGUAAGCACAGCUAAGACUCGCUUCAUAUUCUUUCUUAAGCAAUUUCAAAUAUGAUUUAUAUACAAAUUCUAUGUAUGUUUAUGUUUACCCGACGUAUAUGGAACGGAUGAAAUCGAUAUCAAUCAAUAGUAAACUAUUGAUUGAUUUUGAUUGGUCGACUGGCUUUCCAAUGAUUGAUAUUCAUUGAUUUCAUUGGCCGGGGUCUUUAUUAAACGCUUUGAAGAUAUCUGGCCCAAUCGUCUGUAAGACAAUGCCGUCAAUGAUCAUCGGUUGGACAAAACCAUUUAUGCCCUAUUCAAGGUUUGAUUACCACCGUGGCCAGGCAUAUUUUUCGGGCUUGCCCGGUGUGGAUAUACACUCAGAGUAACAUCACAAGCAUCAUAUUCACCUGAGUACAUUACACCAACACAGAAAAAAUCAUCUAACGUUACAUAGCACUCCUCGGUUGCACAAGGUGCUUUUUAGCCAUCAGGGCUUUCACUGCCGACUACUUUACCAGUGACCGCCGACUAUAAUUUGGUGGAGUUAGUGAAGUAUCUAAAUUAUUUUUGUUCACAACAACAAUGUAUUCAAUCUUGUUCCAGUCAAAAACAUGAAAUACAUUUUGUUUUUUAUUAAAGUUGGUUCUCGUUGGAGAUGGUGCAACUGGCAAGACGACAUUUGUAAAACGACACAGAACGGGAGAGUUUGAAAAGAAAUAUGUUGGUAGGUUCAGUCCUUGUAAUCGGGUCAUUCAUCCAAAAACACCUGCCCCAUAAGGAAAUUUCAAAUCAACCCCCCUCUCCCCUUCAUAAUUUUUAAAAUUAUGGUGCUGCUGUAAAACAAUAUAAACUUCGAAAAUUUUAUUAGAAAGUACAUGGGGAUUUGCAUGAGACAGAGGCUCGACAGGCAUGCACAGGGGUGGAAAAAGUAUCGGAACUUGGGAACCUAUAGUUCCCAGAAAUUUUUUUGAGUUGAGAGUUUUGCAGAAAAUUUUCCAGAAAAUAUUUCAACAUUUUGAGAUAAUUCUACUAUUCUACUUUAUUUACACUGUACAUGCUAAAAUCACUUUUAAAUAUUUGACAGAAAUUAAUUCUUUUACCCACCCCUGCCAUCACAAUGAAGAAAAAGGGAAAAUAUAUGCUCUGCAAAGUCUCCAAUAAAUGCAAAUUAAAUAGUAAACAAAUAAAAGUGAUGGAAUAAAUAAGAUGAUAGAUAGGACACUUAGUUAAGCAUUAGAUCCUUACUAGUUGGUCAUAACUCAUAAUUGUGGUAUAUAACAGACAACUAUUGUGAUGUACGAGCAUACGAAAACCAGCCUAUUUAAGCCUAUAAUUACUAAAGUACAAAUAAUACAAUAAUUAUGCAUUUGUUUUGUUAUUUUUGUAAUUGUAACAUUGCAAAUUUUACAGAAAAUUUCUAGACUUUGACCCAGGUUCCCAGAAAGAAAAAAAUUAUUUCCACCCCUGGGCAUGCAUGUCUGUUUUAAUGCAAAAUUUCCAUACAUUCCCCAUUAUAUUAGACACUAGUGCCACCAUUUUUAAAAUAUCACCUCCAAAUUUUGUGCAGUACUUACUAAUUUUGUCCUGUGUAUGGUAUUGUAAUCGCGUUCUGGUAUUUAUAAUGAUAACAUCAAAUAGUAAUUUGACUCAAAAACAUGAUAAUUAACCCACUGAGUGGCAGCACUCUCCCUGUGAUGAGCAAAAUUGACUGGCGUUAGACAGAGUAAAAUAAUAAAGUAGGGCGCAUCUGGGCGCAUUGCCACUUAAAGGGUUAAGGUCUGCCUGAAAUACUAAUGACAUUAUUUUUGACCACUUUAAGAAUAAGGUGUUUCGAUUUAUUUUAGCAACUUUGGGUGUUGAGGUUCAUCCUCUAAAAUUCAAUACCAACAGAGGAAUAAUCCAAUUUAACGUCUGGGACACGGCCGGGCAGGAGAAAUUUGGAGGGUUGCGUGACGGCUAUUAUAUAAACGCACAAUGUGCUAUAAUCCUAUUUGAUGUUACAUCACGGGUGACAUACAAGAAUGUCCCCAACUGGCACAGAGAUCUCAUCCGUGUCUGUGAGAAUGCCCCCAUUGUCAUGUGUGGAAAUAAAUGUGAUGUCAAAGACAGAAAAGUAAAGGCGAAGAGUAUCACUUUUCACAGAAAGAAAAAUUUACAGGUGCGCAACAGACCUUUUUAAAAAGUCUGCCUUGUGACAUAGUUUGUGGAUAAAGGAAAAUCCCGCACAGCCAUUUGGCUUGCUUGAUUGGCCAAAUGAUAUAGAGCUGUGCAAACUCCGGUUAUUUUAGCUCCGGCUCCGGCAGUCAAAACUCCGGCUCCGGCAAGGAAUUUUUAAGGAAAUUUCAUAUUUAAAAGCGGAAGCAGGCGAAAGUAUUUCAGUGUAAUUUCAGAAUUUAUCUUUUUUUUAAUAUACACCUUUUUACAACACUAUUAAUAGUAAACAACAUAGUAAUCUAAUAUAUAGUAAGACAACAUAUAAAUAGUAAUAUAUUAGUAAACAACAACUUAAAUUUUCCAUUUGAUACCAAAUGUUCAUUGAAAUAUGAAAUAAUUUUUCAUAAUUUUGUCUGCAGAAGUUUUCCAACUUCGGCAAAAUUAUGAAAAAGCUCUGCAUACUACGUCACAAGGCAGACUUUUUAAAAAGGCCUAUAUUAUUAUGUACAGUUUAUGGUGAUACUGAAUAUUAACACAUUGAGCACUAGUGCUCUCCUUCUGACGAGUAAAAUCAUCUGUCAUUAGACAGAGUAAAAUGAUAAAUUACUUUUCUCUUUUUAACGCCAGACGAUUUACUUGUCAAGGGGGAGCGCUGGCAUCCAGUGGAAAAGUGGCUAACUUUUCCGCUCAUCGCGAAAAUCAAGGUGCAAGCUUGAUGCAAGUGUUUUAACCAGUGCUCGACAGUCUAUUUCCUAAAUGUAAUAUCAAUAAAUGCAAUAUAAAUGCAAUACCAAGAAAAAUGCAAUACCAUAUAAAUGCAAUACCAAAAAAAUGCCCUGACGUAAAAUGCCUUAAUCACCCCCAAUCUUUUGUUUUAGUACUAUGACAUUAGCGCAAAAAGUAACUACAACUUCGAGAAACCGUUCUUGUGGCUAGCUCGAAAACUCACGGGUGACUCUAACCUCGAGUUCACAGAAAUGCCCGCACUCUUACCGCCUGAGGUGGUGAUGGACCCCAACAUGCAACAGAUGUACGAAGCAGAAUUAAAACAAGCCCAAGAAACUGCCUUGCCUGAUGACGAAGACGAUGAUUUGUAG